CGAUGGUGGAUCACGUGAGUCCCGGGCGGGUGUCACGGGAACGCUGCCGGGCGGUCGGCUGUUCUUUCUGAGUUUGGUCCUUAGUGGGCCAUGGCCAACGUCUCUAAGAAGGUGUCUUGGUCCGGCCGAGACCGCGAUGAGGAGGAGACGGCGCCGCUUCUUCGAAGGACCGGGCAGCCCGACGAGGAGACGCCGCUGCUGAACGGAGCCGGGCCGGCCGCGCGCCAGUCUCAUCCUUCAUUUUUCCGGAUUGGACAGAUGAACAACGUGGAGCUGGACGAUGAGCUGCUGGACCCGGAUAUGGACCCUCCUCACACCUUUCCCAAGGAGAUUCCACACAACGAGAAGCUUCUUUCCCUCAAGUAUGAGAGCCUGGACUAUGACAAUAGUGAGAACCAGCUCUUCUUGGAGGAGGAGAGACGAAUCAACCACACGGCUUUCCGGACGGUGGAGAUCAAGCGCUGGGUUAUCUGUGCCCUCAUUGGAAUCCUCACAGGCCUGGUAGCCUGCUUCAUUGACAUUGUAGUAGAGAACCUGGCAGGCCUCAAGUACAGAGUCAUCAAGGACAACAUCGACAAGUUCACAGAGAAGGGUGGCCUGUCCUUCUCCCUCCUACUAUGGGCCACGCUGAACUCUGCCUUCGUGCUCGUGGGGUCUGUGAUUGUGGCCUUCAUAGAGCCAGUUGCUGCUGGCAGUGGAAUCCCUCAGAUCAAGUGCUUCCUCAACGGGGUGAAGAUCCCCCAUGUGGUACGGCUGAAGACGCUGGUGAUCAAGGUGUCCGGUGUGAUUCUGUCUGUUGUAGGGGGACUGGCUGUGGGAAAGGAAGGACCAAUGAUCCACUCAGGUUCAGUGAUUGCUGCUGGGAUUUCCCAGGGAAGGUCGACAUCACUCAAGCGAGAUUUCAAGAUCUUUGAAUACUUCCGCAGAGACACAGAGAAGAGGGACUUUGUCUCUGCUGGAGCUGCAGCUGGAGUGUCUGCUGCAUUCGGAGCCCCUGUGGGUGGGGUCCUAUUCAGCUUGGAAGAGGGAGCCUCCUUCUGGAAUCAGUUCCUGACGUGGAGAAUUUUCUUUGCUUCCAUGAUUUCGACCUUUACGCUGAAUUUUGUUCUGAGCAUCUACCAUGGAAACAUGUGGGAUUUGUCCAGCCCUGGCCUCAUAAAUUUUGGAAGAUUCGACUCAGAGAAAAUGGCUUACACCAUCCAUGAGAUUCCUGUCUUCAUCGCCAUGGGUGUAGUGGGUGGCAUUCUUGGAGCUGUGUUCAAUGCUUUGAAUUACUGGCUAACCAUGUUUCGAAUCAGGUAUAUCCACCGGCCCUGCCUCCAAGUGAUUGAGGCCAUGCUGGUUGCUGCUGUCACAGCCACAGUUGCGUUCGUCUUGAUAUACUCGUCUCGAGAUUGCCAACCUCUGCAGGGGAGCUCCAUGUCCUACCCACUCCAGCUCUUCUGUGCAGAUGGCGAGUACAACUCCAUGGCUGCAGCCUUCUUUAACACCCCUGAGAAAAGCGUUGUCAGCCUGUUCCAUGACCCACCAGGUUCCUACAAUCCCAUGACUCUAGGCCUGUUCACCCUGGUCUACUUCUUCCUGGCCUGCUGGACCUAUGGCCUCACAGUAUCUGCUGGUGUCUUCAUCCCGUCCCUGCUCAUUGGGGCUGCCUGGGGCCGACUGUUUGGCAUCUCCCUGUCCUACCUCACAGGGGCAGCGAUCUGGGCAGACCCAGGUAAAUACGCCCUGAUGGGAGCUGCUGCUCAGCUUGGUGGGAUCGUGAGAAUGACCCUUAGUCUGACAGUCAUCAUGAUGGAGGCCACCAGCAACGUGACCUACGGCUUUCCCAUCAUGCUGGUGCUGAUGACUGCCAAGAUUGUGGGCGAUGUCUUCAUUGAGGGCCUCUAUGACAUGCACAUCCAGCUGCAAAGUGUGCCCUUCUUGCACUGGGAGGCCCCGGUCACUUCACACUCGCUCACUGCCAGGGAAGUAAUGAGCACACCUGUAACCUGCCUGAGGAGGAGAGAGAAGGUUGGCGUCAUCGUGGAUAUCCUAAGCGACACAGCAUCCAACCACAAUGGGUUCCCUGUGGUGGAGGAUGUGGGAGACACGCAGCCAGCCAGGCUCCAAGGCUUGAUCCUGCGUUCCCAGCUCAUCGUGCUCCUGAAGCACAAGGUGUUUGUGGAGAGGUCCAACAUGGGUUUGGUGCAGCGGCGGCUGAGGCUGAAGGACUUCCGGGAUGCCUACCCACGUUUCCCCCCAAUCCAGUCUAUCCACGUAUCCCAGGAUGAGCGCGAAUGCACCAUGGACCUUUCUGAAUUCAUGAACCCCUCUCCCUACACUGUGCCUCAGGAGGCAUCUCUUCCACGAGUGUUCAAGCUGUUCCGGGCUCUGGGCCUGAGGCACCUGGUGGUAGUAGACAACCAUAAUCAGGUGGUCGGGCUGGUAACCAGGAAGGACCUAGCAAGAUACCGCCUAGGGAAGGGAGGCCUUGAAGAGCUUUCGCUGGCCCAGACGUGAGGGUUGGCUCCACCCAUGUGCAGUGGCACCCCAGUCCCUCUGCACCUCCUCCCAGGGUCCCUGGUUUCAGCCAAAGCCUUGCCCCCUGGGCAGUGCAGCAGCAGGAGCAGAUGCCCUCCUUGGACCUGGCUGGUGUGGAGGCCAGACCCUUUGUGUUGGGCAGUGGUUUACAUUAUCAGCACUUUCCCUGUUCCCUGACCCCUUUGCCCCUCAGACUUGCCCCCUCCUGGUUCCUUCUCCAGGGAUGAAAUGUGUGAGAUAGCACCCUUUGUGGCUCACUUCUGAGAGCCAAUAAAGGUUGUCGUGUGUGUGUGUGUGUGUGUGUGUGUGUGUGUGUGUGUGUGUGUGCGCGUGUGCGUGUGUGCGUGCGCGUGUGCGUGUGUGUGCGCGCGCGCAAGAGAGAGAGACAGACAAGCAGGCAGGUGUGUUCUACUACUUAUUGCUGUUUGUGCUCUGACUCUGAGCACCUAUUCUGUGUCUGUACUGCCUACACCAGCCAAGAACUUUGGCGACAAGGGCACGAGGAGUUGUGCGUCCUGGAGCAGGCUAUCGGGGAACAUGUACUGUCCCAUGUCUUUGUCCAGAAGAUGGGGAGACUGGUUCUAUGCUCAGGCCUUGAGCUCUGAAAAUCACAUGAAGACUGAAUCUGAGUUCACCUGCAUCUGUCCCAGGCUUUCAGAGCUGGUGGUCAUGGCACUGUAGACCACAGCCGGAAGUCAGGUCUUCCUGAAACACUUAGGUCCCUGAUGUCCAUAGUGACUUUGCUUAUAACUGUACUGUGUACAACCUUGGGCAGUGGCUUCCCAGUUCGUGGCAUCCCAGAGUGACCCUAGGAUGGAUGGACCUGUGAAUACCAGAGCCAAUGAGCCUCACCUCUAAACCCUGUAUUGUCAAAGCUGGCUCCAUUGGAUCUGACAUCCCUCAGUCACCUUCAGCGUCUUCUCCCCUGGGACACUUUGUAAAGAGAGUUGCAGUGUCUAUGGCACAUGUUUGUUACAAGGCCACACAGGUCAUUCUUUGUAAAUCUGGCAGCAGCUGCCUUUCAGUUGCCAUCUCUUUGAAAGAGUGGCUCUUCCUUCCCUGAGGAGAUUGGCUAAGGAUGUUGAAUCUGGAAUGAGAAAUGAGAGACUCCUGUUGUCUGGCUAGGCCUCAGCGUUCUGGGGAAUCAGGCACUCAGAAUGAUGAUAAGCUAAUGCAGAUGGCACAUUCUACAAACAGUAGCUGCUGUCUAUGGUGGGCAGUGGUUCCAAUCCUUGAGUAUUGCAGCCAGGCCAGAGCCCAGUGGGAGGGUCAUCCAGGGACCCUGACCUCCUCAUCCUCAUCUCAGAGCCUUGCUCAAGGGCUCACUGCGGAAUGUGUUUUCUGGCACCUGCUUGGAUGGCAUCCUCUCAAGCCUGAGCACACCAUGCUCUACAUGAUAGGAAGUUAGAACUGACCCACCUUGCCUGCUAGGCCCAGGUGGGUAGGUGUAAGUGACAAGGCCAGGGAUGCUCUGGAUUAGGAAGAGCCACAUCUAAGUUGGACCAAGGGAAUGAGAAACACUGCACAGGGUCUCAAAGACUUGGUACCAAAAAAGCAUGUGCAAUCUGUCCACAGUUACGUGUUGACAACAUGUUGAAAUGAUAUUUUUGGAUAUAUUAGGUUAAAUAAAACAAUCAAAAUUUGUCUCUCCCAA